UCUGAAGCACCAAUGGUAUAGGCUAGGAUCUCCCCAAAACCCACAAUUUCACAUCGGCAAACACUGUCUUCAUCCACUUGACUCCCAAGACCCGCCCACACGUGGCCAACCUUUUUCGUUUUUAAUGCUUUUUCACUGCAGGUUCAUGUGUUGAGACCAACCUUAUAUGGACUGAUCAGUCUGGUAAUGGCUUAUUCCCCCCUUACACUCAGCAGUAGCGCAAUAUCCAUGAGCUAGAUAGAGCACUUCAGUCACUUUGGCAUUCUUCCUGGACUUACAGAAACGAUUUCUCCGCCACUUUUUUUUCCAUGCGCCGGUGAGCGACCGAGCGAGCCCAUGCGUCGACUUCACGUUACUUCGCGCUGAAACGGCACCGAUCUUGCAUUCACCCAGUCUCAUCUGUGUUUUUGUGUCUCCGAGCAGAGGAUUGGCAAACUGGUGCAGCAACUUCACUGCAUCGCAUCCCUGUCGUUCAAACAUGUCGUUGACCAACACAAAGACGGGCUUUUCGGUGAAGGACAUUUUGGACCUCCCUGACACUAACGACGAGGAAGGAUCUAAUACCGGAACCGAGGAAGAUACGGAGGGUUCCGAGGCGACCAAAACGCCUGGAGUGUUAGUGCAAAGUCCUUUGGAGAACGUUCAAAAUCUGCCUUUAAAGAACCCCUUCUACGCCAACAGCGACAAUCCUUACACCAGAUGGCUCGCAACUACGGACAGCAUCCAAUACUCCUUGCACGGUUUAUCGGCAAGCUCUCAAGACUCGUCCGCAAAAUCUCCGGAACCUUCAACGGACGAAUCGCCGGACAACGACAAGGAAACUUCAAGCAACGGCAGUGACUCUGGUAAGAAGCGCAAAAGGAGGGUGCUCUUCUCCAAGGCGCAAACUUACGAACUCGAGCGCCGGUUUAGGCAACAGAGAUAUCUGUCCGCGCCGGAGAGGGAGCAUCUCGCCAGUUUGAUCCGCCUGACUCCGACCCAAGUGAAAAUCUGGUUCCAGAACCACCGGUACAAAAUGAAACGAGCCCGUGCCGAGAAAGGUAUGGAAGUGACCCAUCUCCCUUCACCUAGGCGGGUGGCCGUGCCUGUGUUAGUCAGAGAUGGCAAACCCUGUCACACGCUAAAAGCUCAGGACUUGGCAGCCACUUUUCAGGCUGGAAUUCCGUUCUCGGCGUACAGCGCUCAGUCUCUCCAGCACAUGCAAUAUAACGCGCAUUACAGCGCCGCCACCACACCACAGUUCCCCACAGCACACUUGGUUCAAACGCAACAGUGGACUUGGUGAACAAAUACCGACUGACUGCA